UUCGUCAAUUAGAUUCUGCGUCCUCGAGUGACAUUACUGUAGCCACCGGCCUCGGCGAAGUGACUCCUCGGCUGAAUAGACCGAACACAGAGGAAGAAAACCCAGCCCAAGAAACGUAAUUCGUUUACUCUAAAUCGACCAGCAAGGAAAGGUCAUCGGCACCUUAAAACUCCUGCAAAUUGAUCACACGAAAAAACGCCAGAGGCGUCUGUUGUCUUUAUGGUUGAUGAGCAUCCACCAUAGCUGGAGUUUUUAUACAAUACGCGAUUAUAGUAUUAAGAUCGGGAGAUCAACGGUGUGCAAGAGGGGCCAAUAUACCCCUAACAACCCUACACCCUAGUGGUCGUCCAACUCCUGAUAACACACACCUUCCACACAAAGUUAUCGUGCGGUUUGUGACAUCGAUCGCUGCGCAAAACACGAAACUGGCUCAAAAUGACGACCAUGGGUGUUACGGUGUUUUGCAACCGGGUGCAGAUAAAUGGUAACGACCAGGAUCAGCUGAUGCUGCUGAGGACGUUGCAAGACAACGAAACCAACAUCCUUAGCAACCAACCUCACCUGAUAGUGCCCAAGAACUCCAGUGGAGGUGGAAGCGGCGUCAUUGGGGUGCUGCCGCCUUAUGAUCCAUCCAGGUUGAAAAAACACGGGAAGAAUGGACAACCCCCACCGGUUGCCGUUGCUAGAAGGAACGCCAGGGAACGCAAUCGCGUUAAACAAGUCAACAAUGGAUUCGCCACGCUCAGACAACACAUCCCUAGCCACGUUGCCGCGGGGUAUGGAGAUAGGGGGAAGAAGCUGUCCAAAGUGGAGACCCUGAGGAUGGCUGUGGAGUACAUUAGGGGUCUACAGAGGCUACUUGCCGAAGCCGAUGGUGUCGAGUAUGACCCCAACGCCGCCAUUGGCUCACAGAAUGUUCCUUCCCCGACGAGCAGCGUCGUGUCUUCCAGCCAUAACGGCUCGGGGGAAAGACUCGUUCUUGAUGACGAACCUGGGGAGGAGGAUGAAAAUGGCGACGUUAAACCACCCCGCAAUGUCGGAAUAAGAUCCUCCCCGCACCCCUCGACCGGGUCGCCUCGCGACUUGUACAACUCCACGUCGGCAGGCGACGAGGAGAACCUGGAGCCCAGGACGGUGAUCGGGCAGACGACGUUCUCCAGGUUAUCGCCAAGCUCGGUGGUGACUUCGCCCCCCUCGGACUAUUACGGCCAGAACGAGGAGAACCUGGAGCCGAGGGUGAUGUCGCCGUACGGGGGCGUGGGGACAGGCAGUGGACCCGACAGCGAAGAGGGAUGCACCAUCUACGAGGUGACGCCGACGACCACCACGACCAGCCCUGAAACUUUCUCCGGGGCGCUCUAUUAUAAGCAGGAGAUCUCGGAAUCCGGAGAGUUCAUGGACGUGGUCAGCUGGUGGGAACAAGAGCAGACCAGGCUGGGUCAGCACGCACAACACGCACAGCAUCUCACGCACGCGUAGACCCUCCAAGAUAUAUUGGCCACGGAAUCAUCUCUUGGGAAUGACAGGGCGUGAGGCUGUCGUCGCUGAUAACAAAUAUUUAAACUAUCAGCG